AUGGAUGAUGAAAUGAGUUCAGAUUUACAGAAAUGUUUAUCAGAGGGUGCUAUGGACACUGAUGAGGUCGAGCUAUCGACUGGCAGCGUCGGCGAUUAUCUCGAUAACAACACGGGCGGUUUUAACACUGAUUCAUUCGAUGUCGGCGACAACGCCGUCAACUUCCCCAGCGAUUCUUUAAACAAUGUACUGUCAGACGGCGAUUCGCGGUUGAGUGAUGCUUUCAAAACGACGCCGAAUGAUAUAGAACUUACAGCGAAUCAGAAGACUGUGUCUCAACUAGAGCUCGAUAUGGAGUUAACCCAGGAUACGUCCAACGAUACAAGAAGCAACCAGGACUUUAACAUGUCCUCUUUCAACGAGAGAAAUGAUACGUUAACAAGUGACCAAGAUAACACCAACGACACGCUGGUCGAACAGUCAGUAAAGAAAUCCAGAAAGAAAAGACGCUCAUCAAAGGAUGAAGAUGAUAAGAAAAACCAGAACUCUAAUGAUAGGAAUAGAUUAAGUGAUAGGAAACAGGACUCGGCAACAGAUACUCAAGGAAACAGUCAGGAUAGUUCAUAUGGAAGAUCAAAAGAAAAAGUUAAGGUCGGAAGUGCCGAAGAGACCGAGGUAGUUUCCGAAGAUGAACUGCCGGCCAUUCAGAAACCGAGUGUAAAAGAUGCAGAGAAUGUGUCCGAUGAUGAAUUGCCGGGACCUAAACCGGCCGAACUACCGGCAGAUACUGAGGUUGUGUCCGAGGAUGAACUGCCGACGUCCAAGAAGGAUGGCAAAGAGUCUCGGAAACGAAAAACUGAGGAAGGUGACGGUUAUGACCCUGGUUCACCAACGUCAGAGUCGGAGUCGGCCAACAAGAAACAAGCUGUCUCUAAGAACGGUGAAAGCAAACCAGUGUCGGCAGAAAAAAGAUUCUCAGCUGAUGAAAAACCUAAGAAGAAGAGUCUGCCCGACCUAGACAAAUACUGGAAGGUUGUUAACGAUGACCCAACGGAUUUCACAGGGUGGACGUAUCUGUUGCAAUACGUCGAUCAAGAGAGCGACGCCGAAGCGGCCCGCGAAGCCUACGACGCGUUCCUCUCUCACUACCCCUACUGCUACGGCUACUGGCGCAAGUACGCCGACUAUGAGAAGCGUAAAGGAAGUAAAAAGAAAUGCCUGGAGGUGUUGGAAAGGGGGCUGAAAGCCAUCCCACUGUCCGUUGAUCUGUGGAUACAUUAUCUGAACCACGUUAAGACCACGAGGACUGAAGACCACACCUUCAUUAGGUCGCAGUACGAGAGGGCGAUCGACGCAUGCGGGCUGGAGUUUCGUUCCGACCGUCUGUGGGAGUCCUACAUCAAGUGGGAGGCGGAGAACGGCUCGGCUCUCAACGUCACCAACAUAUACGACCGGCUGCUGGCCACGCCGACACUGGGAUACACCUCGCAUUUUGACAAUUUCCAGGAGCACGUGAUGUCGGAGCCGGCCUGCGGGGCGGUGUCCGCCGAGGAGCUCGUGCGUCUCCGCGCCGAGGUGAGGGACUCCGCCCCCGCACAGCCGCCGCCCGACCUGCCCCCCGGCGAGGACGAGCCCGCUGACCAUAUAGCUUCAGAAGACGAGGCUCAAGCUAUCAAAGAGCGAAUAAUAGCAGCGCGAAGAAAAGUUCACAAGACGACUGGAGAAGAAGUAGCGGCCAGGUGGGCAUUUGAAGAAGGGAUAAAACGGCCAUACUUCCACGUCAAGCCUCUAGAGAGAUGUCAGUUGAAGAACUGGAAGGCGUACCUCGAGUGGGAGAAGCAGCACGGAUCAUUUAAACGAGCGUUGGUGUUACACGAACGGUGUCUCAUAGCGUGCGCACUGUAUGAAGAAUUCUGGAUGCGGUUAAUAAAGUUCCUAGAAGAACAUGCAGCGUCGGACCCAUCAGUGAUUCCUCUCCAACGGGAUGCUCUAGAGCGAGCGUGUACCGUACAUCAUCUAGACAAGCCUGAGUUACAUCUGCACUGGGCACACUUUGAGGAGGCGAACGGAAACACGAGUCGUGCGGCUGAGAUAUUAGAUAGGAUCGAGAAGACCUGCCCCAACCUGGUGCAGAUACAGUACAGGCGAAUCAAUCUCGAGCGGCGUCGCGGGGAGUACGACAAGUGCGUCCAGUUGUAUGAAGGUUACAUUUCAUCAGCUAAAAACAAAGCUAUAGCAUCCGCGCUAGCUAUUAAAUACGCACGCUUCCUGUUUCACGUGAAGAGGGAACCGGAAGCCGCGAGGAAGGUGUUGGAUGACGCGGUAGUUAAGGACCCUCUCAACGCCAGGAUACACAUGCAGCGGCUGGAUCUGGCAUUACACACACCUGGCACCAAGUACGAGGAGUUGGAAGAAUUGUUGAUGAGCUACGAGAAGCAAGAGGGUGCAGAGAUAGAGACUAGUACGGCGCUGGCGGCGAGGAGGAGGGAACUGGCCGAGGAGCUGGGAGACGCGACCUCCGCCAGACAAGCACACACACACGCACGGACACUAUACAAACACAUGAGGAAGAGGGCGCGGGCCGCCAAGCAUGACGCACACCAUCACGGUGCUUGUGCGGAUCCAUCGAAGAAGAAAGAGAACUGUGCGACCACAACCAGCACGACCACAGCCAGUAGCGCAAACCAAUACUACCAGAACGCGGCGGCGACUGCGCAGUCCUACGACCAGUCGUACGCGCAGCCUUACACGCCGCCCUGGGGCUAUCAGCAGGCGGCGGGGCCCUACCCUCACCACCCGCACCCCUGGCCGCAGUACCCCAACUACUAUUAA